GCAGAUAGAAGCCAGAAAUGCCAGCAGCAGCAGCUGCAGCAGCGGCCGCAGCCGCAGCAGCAGCAGCAGCCGCAGCCGCAGCCGCAGCCUCAGGAGGAGGAGGAGGAGCGGGAGCAAGAGCAGCAGGAACGAGGGGAAGCAGCAGCAGCUACUGCAAUGGAUGUUGACGAUGCAGCAAAGCCUGGCACGUGUGGUGGAGAGAGCGAUGCCAACGAGAACGAGAGCGCGAACGGGGGAGGUGGUGUUGAGAGUUCGAGGGCAGUGCGACCGGCAGAGAAGGAACAGGCAAGGACGGAGCAGGAAGCAGGGAGCAGAGCAGUGAGGGGCGGAGCUGCUGGUGGUUCGGCGAUGGAAUUCCGGGAGAAUAGGCAGUGGAACGGAAAGGGGGAGCUUGAGCAGCUGUCGAUCUGGACUCCGCAGCAUCAGAGGGAGCUGAAUCAGCAGCAGGUGAAACACACAUAUCACAACUGUACCAUCAACAUGAGCAGCAGCAGCAGCAGCAGCAACACCAACAGCAGCAGCAGCAGCAGCAGCAGCCAGCAGCAGCAGCAGCAGCAGCAGCAGCAGCAGCAGCAGCACAGCAACACCAACAGCAGCAGCAGCCGCAGCAGCAACAGCAACACCAACAGCAGCAGCAGCAGAAACAGCAGCAGCAGCAGCAGCAAGCAGCCAGCAGCUGCUGCAUGAAAAGGCCCAACAAAGCGAAAACCAGGAC